AUGGCGGAUACAGACAUGUCUACUACUACUCCUGCUUCUGCUGCUGCUACUGUUGAUACAAGACAUCAACAUUUGAAUAAUGCUCUGGGCAGUGAUACCUUUGCAAAGGUUAGAUCAGCAAAGGUGUUGGUCGUUGGUGCUGGUGGCAUUGGAUGUGAGCUACUGAAGAAUCUAGUUCUAUCAGGCUUCAAAGAUAUACAUAUUAUUGACUUGGACACAAUCGAUCUGAGCAAUCUAAACAGACAGUUCUUGUUUAGAAAGCAUCAUAUUGGAAUGUCAAAGGCAAAGAUCGCAAGAGAAUCAGUGUUGAAAUACGCCAACAGUGAUGAUGUAUCGAUUAUUGCUCAUCAUGCGGAUAUUAAGACGACAGAGUUUGGACCAAACUACUUUGAACAGUUUGAUCUUGUUAUGAAUGCUUUGGACAAUCUGUCAGCUCGUCGUCAUGUCAAUCGUGUGUGUCUGUCAGUCAAUGUGCCUCUGAUUGAGAGUGGCACCGCUGGAUACUUGGGCCAGGUGACGGUGAUUCGCAAGGGACUCACUGAGUGCUUUGAGUGCACGCCAAAGGUGCCACCAAAGGAGUUUGCCGUAUGCACCAUCCGAUCAAACCCUUCGGCACCCAUCCACUGCAUCGUCUGGGCCAAGAUGUUGUUUGGUCGUCUGUUUGGUGUGCCCGACGACACCAACGCCGUCACAGACAUGAGCGACAACGUGGUCGAGGGCGACGUGGCCACCGGAACAGCGAUUAGAGACGAGCUCCUGCCUCAGGAGCAAGCCAAGGGCUACCAUCAAUGGGUCUUCCACAAGUUGUUCCACACUGAUAUCGAUCGAUUGGCACGUAUGGGCGACCUGUGGAAGGAGCGCAAACCUCCCGUCCCCCUACUGCUGGCCAACAUUGACACGAUGGUCGACGGCGAGUCACAGUCCACCCAGACACAACAAAAGAAGACGGCACUCAAAGAUCAGAUCGUCCUGUCAUUCAAGGAGAACGUGCAGUUAUUCAUCGACACAAUCAACAAGCUCAAGCUGCGCAACGAGCAAGAAGGUCACCUCACAUGGGACAAGGACGAUGACAUGGCACUCAACUUUGUCGUGGCCGCUUCUAACAUCCGCUCACACAUCUUUGGCAUUCCUACCAAGUCCAAGUUUGACAUCAAGGCAAUGGCUGGCAACAUUGUGCCUGCAAUCGCCACAACCAAUGCCAUCAUCAGUGGUCUCAUCGUCAUGGAGGCUUUCAAAGUAUUGGGUGGACGUUAUGAUCAAUGCAGGAGUACCUACCUCUACAAAGUUCCAUCAGGAAAGAGACUUUUGUUGCCAGCCGAGUUGGACAAACCCAAGGCAGAUUGCUAUGUUUGCUCGCAGAAGUUCAUCACACUCAAGAUCAACACACUCAAGACAACGUUGGCACAGCUCGUGAAUGAUGUAUUGAAGAAGGCAUUGUCAUUCCACGAUCCAAUGCUGACUGUCGGCGCCAGUCUUCUCUAUGAAGGUGGCGAUGAAGACUUGACCAAAGAGGAGAUUGAAGCAAGGAACAAACUGGAACAGAAGAUCAUCGCAGAGUACAAGAUGCCAGACAACACCAUCUUGAAUGUCGAGGAUUAUUUACAGAACUUUAAGGUGUCCAUUUUGAUCAGUCAUUGUGAGACGUUCGAGUCUGAGGAGAAGUGGUUCGAUAUCUCUGGCAAACAACCAGUUCCAGGUGAAGAGAAGGCUGUCCAGACUACUACCACGACAACUACAACAACAACUGCCAAAGUGGGAGAUCAAAAGAUUGAUUUGGAUGAUGUUGAAAUCAUCGAGAGUAUUGAUGUUGCACCACCAUCUACAAAGGAGCCAGUUACCGAGACCAGGACACAUAAACGAAAGGAACAGGAGCCAGACGAACAACUCGAUAACAAGAAGCAGAGGCAA